AUGUCGGACGUAGAAGACAACGCUCCCGAGGUCGUCGAGGAGGUCGAAGUGUCCGGCGAUGCCCCCAAGGGUCAGAUGUCCGUUCAGGACGCCCUCAAGGGUGUUCUGAAGCUCGCCCUGAUGCACGAUGGUCUCGCCCGCGGUCUCCGCGAGUCCUCCAAGGCUCUCGACCGCCGCCAGGCCCACAUGUGCGUCCUCAACGAGAACUGCGAGGAGGAUGCCUACAAGAAGCUCGUCGCUGCCCUCUGCUCCGAGCACAAGAUCCCUUUGAUCAAGGUUCAGGACGGCAAGCAGCUCGGCGAGUGGGCAGGCCUUUGCGUCCUCGACCGCGAGGGUAACGCCCGCAAGGUCGUCAACUGCUCUUGCGUCGUCGUCAAGGACUGGGGUGAGGAGUCGCAGGAGCGCUCUGUCAUCAUGAACUACUUCCAGUCCGCGGAGUAA